CUCACAGAGGAGGCUAAGAAAGCAAGUGAAAAAAAAAACAUUGUCUGCCGAGCGAGCGAGCAUAACACAUUCGACAGAACGCAAGACAUGGAGCUGCAAACGAGCUUAUAUCUCGUGAGCUUUCUGAACCUGGUUUUUGGUUUCCCUGAAGCAUUGUACAGCGUUCACCCGAACAAACUCUCAUUCGAGGAAGCUCAAGCUUUUUGCACGCCCGGUGGUUAUCUGGCCAACGUGAGAGAUGCGCAGGAUUUUGACAGGAUCCAAAAAGCAAUCUGGGAUACAAACAACAAAAGUGUCACAUCCUUCUGGAUUGGACUAAAGAGGAAAAAAGGUCAAUGUGUUUUAAAAUCUAAACCUCUUAAAGGAUUCCACUGGACAGCGGAAGACAGUGAAAAUUUUCAUGGAAUUACAUGGAAAGAUGGACCUUUGGAUACCUGCACAGAAGAACGUUGUGGACUGCUUUCGGUGGAGUACGGUGACUCCAGUACAAGAAGCAUCGGGUUGAUGGACUUGGCCUGUAAACAGAAACAUCCUUUUAUUUGCCAACGAAACGUCCAGAAGAUAUGUCUCCCGCCAUCUAUCUUUAGCACACAUGACAUCAUCGACAACCCAAACGAUCCGUACACCCGUCAAGUAACCUGCAGUUCUGGUGCCAAAUUCACAUUGACGUGCUCUAUAGAUCUGAUGUGGAUUGUCGAUGGCAAUGAAAAUGUGGAUGUAUCUCAACUUUGCCUGCAGUGUAAGAGUGGCUACAGACGGGAUGCGUCCGGAAACUGUGUGGAUAUAAACGAAUGUUCUGACAAAAAUGCUUGUAGAGAAUCAACGACGCCCACCCCGGACCUGAAAAGUGACGGCGUGGUUCCAACAUAUUUAAAUGAUAAAAACGAUGCAUCUCUGAGCAAUAAUGUCAAUACAAAUGGGACAGCAGUAGAAAUUGAAGGACACAAUGGAGAUAUUUCCAAUAUUGUGGUACCUUUGAUUAUUGCACUGCUGAUCCUUGCGGUUGUGCUGGUGAUCGUAGCAGCUAUUGUGAAGUGUUUCCUGCAUAGGCGCUCUGUUAAACGGGCCAAAAGAAAGGCGGAGGCCAUGGCUUUGAAUGGGUCGAGCUCCACGGAGAAGGAUCAUGAACAUAUAAAUGAGAGACUGUAAACUGUGCAAUAUAAGUUGAUCGGACACAUGUGGAUUACAGAUGGAGUUAACCGGACGAUUUUCCUGUACACCGUGAGGUCUUUACACAGAAGUGUUGUGUUUAUUUACUGCCAAUUUAUUUGAAAUCAGGGUGAAUGUGAAAUGCCAAUGUGAAUAUGAAAUUUUGAUCUAAAAACUCAUUGGUUUAUACAUUUAUAAAGAUUUUUUUAUUCGAAAGUUUCAUUGCUUAUAUUUAAUUGUAUAAAGUUUUUUGAAAGCUGUAGAUAUUAUGGGGCUGAAACUGCUGAAAUUUCUUGUUUUCCAAUUUCAAUCCAGCAUUGGGGCAAAAGGGACAAACCUAACCUAUUGGGUUGUAGUUUAACCUAUGCUGGGUUGUUGCAACCCAAAAUUCAGGGUUGUUUUAACCCAUUGUUGGGUCAAAUAUAAACAACAGCUGGGUUUGUCCUCUUUUGACCCAACACUGAUUUAAAAAAAAAUCCCAGCAUUUUUUUUUUUAAGAAUUUCUUUUUUAUAUAAAGUUUUAUAUAAAUAAAAAUAAUGUUGAAGCUACCGUAAGAGGAAAUAUUUUUCGAAUAUCAUGGAAAUUAACCAUAUUAGCUAACAGAUAAGUCUGUACUGAGGAAUGCACUUGACUUUCUAAGACAGUGCCAGUCUCUUUAAAAAGCAAAAAAGCCUAAUUUGUUUUAGCCAAUUAGAACACUUGUAAGUGGCUCUCAGCCAAAGAGUUUGGCACAUGUAGUUGCUUGGCUAAGCAAUAGAGGAUUGAAAGGCUGUUUAAAACAUUUUUAGGUUGUUGUCCUUUAAACGCUAUCUCAAGGCAAUUCAUACGCGUUUUACAAGGUGGCUAAUUCGUAAUAAUUAGUAUGACCACAUGUUGCACAUUUGCUUUUGCCCCGUGAUGUUGAGGUUGGGGGUGGGGUUUCGUUAUUGUUUAUUCUAAUAAUAAUAAUAAUAAUAAUAAUAAUAUGUUCAAUGGUAUAAAUUAUAGACUGCGUACAAAUUUAAAUGAAUUAGCCAGCUUGUAAAAUACGUACGAAUUCUAAUUGCUCACAGUAGCUUUAAAGAUGCACUCAGUUUUUAAAUAAAGUAAGUACUAUAUAGUCAUAUAAGCUUUCCUUAGGCUACUGAUAUGUUUGGACUUUUCAUUUAAUUAAACUGUACAGGAUUUAAAUUAAUUGUUAUGCAUUUAAGAAGUAAAGCUUUUAAAGCAGAAAAAUGCUGAGUGCACCCUAAAAAAACAAUUAUGUUUUCAAUUAAACAGAGGCGGACACUACUUGCCUAUUUUAAGUACAUUUUCCAAGCAUCUGUGAUUUAUCAGAGUGUUUGUCUUGGGAAAAAAUGUACUUUACUUUACUAAACAAUCUAAAGCAUAGAAUCAUACUGUGUAUUCCUUUUAUAUUGCAUAUUAAAAUUGAUUUAAUACCUAAUUAUAUAAAAAUUGUGUAAUUUUACUUUUCUUGAGUAAAAGUACAAAAGUACUUUUUACUUAAGUAAAAGUAAAAAAAAAACGAUGUUUAAUGUACUUAAAUAUUAAAUAUAAACCAAAAACUUGAAAUUAUGAAAUGUAGUGGAGUAAAAAUUAUAAUAAUAUGCUUUGGAAUGUAUGUUUUCUAAAGAAAACACUGAUAAAAUAUGAAUACUUAAAAAAUUACUUUUAUGUAGAAAGUAAAAAUACUUACGUAGUAUCCGCCUCUGCAAUUAAAAUUAUAGUGAACCAAAAUACAAUAAGAAGUACAUACACCAGCCUUGUAUUAGGAGGACUUGCUUAUCAAACACAACAAAAACCAAAUUUUUUGGGAAUGACACAAAUAUAAAUUUUCACAAAGUCUGCUGCUUCAAUGUUUUAAGAUCUGUUUGUCAGAUGUUACUGUGGUAUACUGAAGUAUAAUUACAUUCAUUUUAUAAGUGUCAAAGGCUUUUAUUGGCAAUUACAUUAAGUUUAUGAGUCAAUAUUUGUAGUGCUGACUCUUCUUUUUCAAGACCUCUGCAAUUGGCCUUGGCAUGCCGUCAAUCAACUUCUGGGCCACAUCCUGACUGCUGGCAGCCCAUAAUCAAUGCUUGGAGUUUGUCAGAAUUUGUGGGGUUUUGUUUGUCCACCCUCCCCUUGAGGAUUAUCCACAAGUUCUCAAUGGGAUUAAGGUCUGGGGAGUUUCCUGGCCAUGAACCCAAAACGUCAAUGCUUUGUUCCCAGAGCCACUUAUCACUUUUAUGCUCCACUUUUAUGGAGCUUUAUGCUUCAUCAUGCAAAGGCAUUGUUUGUCACCAAACUCUUUUAGGAUGGGAAAAGCUGCUCUCGGGGAAUGCAAGAUCUGGGCACCACCAAUGCAGAUAUUGCAAAUAUUGACUAUUUGCAUAAAACUUAAUAAACUGUCAUGCAAAUAAAAGCCUCGGACACUUAUGAAAGGCUUGCAAUUUUACUUCAUUAUACCAUCUGACAGAAAGAUCUAAAAACACUGAAGCAGCAGACUUUAUGAAAAUUAAUAUUUGUGAUGGCUCACAUGGAUAUAUUUGUAGCAAUUGCCAACAAUGCAUUGUUUGGGUCAAAAUAAUUUUUCUUUUAUGCAAAAAAUCAUUAGGAUCUUAAAGGUGCAGUGUGUAAUUUUUAGAAGGAUCUCUUGACAGAAAUGCAAAAUAAUAUACAAAACUAUAUUAUCAGGGGCGUAUAAAGACCUUACAUAAUGAACUGUAUUGUUUUUAUGAACUUAGAACAAGACCUUUUUAUCGCCAUUUUGUGCCGCCAUUUUUCUACAGAAGCCCUUAACGGACCAAUUUUUUUACUACAUUGUCUCCGACGUUGACAUGUUUGUCCGGUGGUGGCUACUGAAGCUUUUCUAUGUGUUUGAAAAGCGAGGGGUGAGCAGUGGACUAAGCCGUUGGUUGCAAUUUGCAGCCUCGCCACUAGAUGCCGCUAACAUUUACACACUGCACCUUUAAGUAAAGGUCAUGUUUCAUUAAGAUAUUUUGUAAAAUUAAUUUAUCAUUCGUAAUAUUUAUUGCUCAGGACUUUAUUUGGACAACUUUAAAGGCAUUUUUGCAGCUUCCGAUUCCAAAUUUUUAAAUAGUUGUAUCUUUUGCCAAAUAGUGCCUUAUUUUAAUACCCAACAUCAAUGGAAAGCUUAUUUUUUCAACUUUCAGAUGAUGUAUAAAUCCCAGUUUCAAAAAAUUCACCCUUACUGGUUUUGUGGUCCAGGGUCACAUUUGUGUCAUUCUCAAAACUUUUGGCCACGGCUGUAGAUGAUCUCACAGGCUCCAGAUCAGUUGUCAGUCUGUCAGGACCGAACAAUAAAGGAUCACAACAAUCAUUAACUUACAA